UGAGAUGUAUUCAUUAACACUUCUCCCAUCUUAAGAAGCAUUUGUUUGGUCGCAAUCACGAACAGUUUGUGAACUAAUGAUGAAAAGAUCAUUAAUCUUGCCACGUGGUUAAGCACCAUGAAUGUAUUAGGUGAGUUCGGAUCAGCUGUCAGGGUUUGCCAAACUAAUCAGUAUACGAGUAGUUAUUGCCAAGGAAUUGACAUUUCUGUGGUACUGCUGUAUUCCCUUGUAUUAUUUUGACGUAGCUGUGUGCAUAUGUGUGUAUGUUUCCAUUCUGUUGUGCGUAUAAUCUGAUGAUUCGAAACCGAUGCGUAUCCAUUCCAAGACAUAUUCCAAGCCUUUCAUCUCCUUACCGGUAGCCAAGAAAUUCCUCUCUUUUCAGAACGUCAUUGUACGACAGAGUAGCCAGCUAAACAGCCGAGCCCUCAGCGUGCGCCUCCCGCCGGACAAGGGACCCUACAUCCAACACUACCUCAUUGAGAUCCACAACGAAGGCUCCUCCUACUCACUCCAAGCUUCUGAAAACCGCUUCGACACCCUUCCUUCGCUCAUCACCUAUUAUUCUCAGUGCUGCGAAGAGUUGCUGGCUCAGCUCAAGCUUCCUCGCACCAUCCAGGAGGCCAAGACCCGCCAUGAACUCGGCUCUCUCUCGCUGCUCGGACAAGGUAUACGUGGAAACAAUGAAGGAAGUGAUGAUAUUGCGUGGCUUGCCUCCGUUGUUGUGAUGGUUGGACACAAAACAAGAGUAGAAGAAGAAGAUGAUAAUGUGAAGAAAAGAAUACGUUCAAGAAGAAUUACUUGAAGAAAAAAAAAAAGGAGGAAAAUGAAUAUAAAAAAAGUUGAAGAAAAUGAUAAGCGUUAUGUGAUGGUCAUUGUCUCUUAUUUCCGAACACUCUACUAAAGUGACUCUAAAUGAAGUUGAUUGUCUAAUUAUUAUUAAUUAUAUUAUAGAAGAAAAGGAAAACUGAACACACACACACACACACACACACACACACUGAAAUAUUCUUUUUCAAAAUAUUUCGCAAGAACACUAUCAAGACUUCCGUCAUUAUGUAA